UUAGGCUUUCCGUAGCUCUUUGGCAACAUGGCGGCCUCCUUAUGAGCCACGCUGGUGAAGAAAAAAUCUAUACAGUCAAAACAAACGUUCCUUUCUGACGCGGAUUAUAAGAAGAUAAUCAAAAAUGUCGGGCCGCAACAAUAACAAAUUACCGACGAACCUCCCACAGUUGCAAAAUUUGAUCAAGAGGGAUCCGAAGUCCUACACGGAGGAGUUUUUGCAGCAGUAUCGUCAUUAUCAGUCAAAUGUGGAGAUCUUUAAACAUCAGCCUGACAAAUCCAACAAAGACCUGGCUGAUUUGGUCAUGUUCCUGGCUCAGGUUGGACACUGUUACUUAGAGGAGCUGUCAGACUUCCCACAGCAGCUGACUGAUCUUCUCUUAAACCAUCAUACAGUGCUGGAGUCAGAUCUCAGAAUGACAUUUUGCAAAGCCCUCAUCCUCUUGAGAAACAAAGAUCUGGUCAGUCCCACCAGUCUUCUGGGACUGUUCUUUGAGCUGCUGCGCUGUCAUGACAAACUUUUGCGAAAGACUCUAUAUACCCACAUUGUGACUGAUAUCAAAAAUAUCAAUGCCAAGCACAAAAACAACAAACUGAACACGACCUUACAGAACUUCAUGUACACCAUGCUGAGGGAUUCAAACCCCAUUGCUGCCAAGAUCUCUCUGGAUGUGAUGGUUGAGCUUUACAGAAGAAACAUCUGGAAUGACACUAAAACCGUGAACGUCAUCACCACAGCGUGUUUCUCCAAAGUCACAAAGAUCCUUGUAGCUGGAUUGAAGUUCUUUCUGGGAAAAGAUGAAGAUGAAAAGAGAGACAGUGAUUCAGAAUCUGAGGAUGAUGGGCCAACGACCAGAGAUCUAAUGAUCCGAUAUUCCACCGGAAAGAAAACGUCCAAAAAUAAGAGAAAAAUGGAGAAAGCAAUGAAAGUCCUCAAGAAACAUAAAAAGAAGAAGAAAGUGGAGGUUUUUAAUUUCUCUGCCAUCCAUUUGAUCCACGAUCCACAAGAUUUCGCAGAGAAGCUCCUGAAGCAGCUGGAGAGCUCAAACGAACGCUUCGAGGUGAAGAUCAUGAUGAUGGAGCUCAUCUCUAGACUCGUGGGAAUUCAUGAGCUUUUCCUUUUUAAUUUCUAUCCGUUUGUCCAGCGGUUCCUUCAGCCUCACCAGAGAGAGGUGACCAAAAUUCUGUUGUGUGCCGCCCAGGCCUCCCAUCAGCUGGUCCCUCCUGAGAUCAUUGAGCCAGUCAUCAUGACCAUCGCCAAUAACUUUGUUACGGACAGGAAUUCAGGGGAGGUCAUGACAGUUGGAAUCAACGCUAUAAAAGAACUGGUAGCCCGCUGUCCUCUCUCAAUGUCAGAAGACCUGCUUCAAGAUCUCACACAGUACAAAUCCCACAAAGAUAAAAAUGUUGGGAUGUCUGCCAGAGGUCUUAUCCAGCUUUUCAGAGAUCUCAAUCCACAGAUGCUUCACAGAAAAGACAGGGGAAAGCCCACAGAAUCCUCUAAGGAGGCCAAAAUCCACAGCUAUGGAGAAUUGGAGGCCAAAGACUACAUCCCUGGUGCUGAGAUUCUGGAACCAGAGGAGAACGUAAAUGAAGAGGAAGAUGAAGAUGGCUGGGAGAGCGCCAGCAUGAGUGAGGAUGGUGAAGAUGGUGAGUGGGUGAACGUGCAUCACUCCUCUGAUGAAGAUCAGGCAGAAGUGGCUGAGAAGCUACAGAGUAUCCCAGAGUAUGAGCGCAAAGCCAAAGCUGCUGUGGUCAGCACGAGUCGUCUUCUCACGCAAGACGACUUCAAAAAGAUCCGCAUCGCUCAGAUGGCCAAAGAGGUUCGCUCUGCACCCGGGAAGGGUCAGAAGAGGAAGAACGUAGAGAGUGAUGAGGAAGAGCAGAGAGGAGAGUUGCUUAGCCUGAGAGACAUUGAGCAUCUUCAUAAAAAACCUAAAUCUGACAAAGAAACACGACUGGCAACAGCCAUGGCUGGGCGGACUGAUAGGAAGGAGUUUGUUAAAAAGAGGAGUAAGCUAAACCCAUUCGCCAGCACCAGUAACAAGGAGAAGAAACGAAAAAAGAACUUCAUAAUGAUGAAACACAGUCAAGAUGUGAGGACCAAAGGCAAACGCUCCUUUAGAGACAAACAGAUCGCCCUCAGAGAUGCACUCUUAAAGAAGAGAAAGCGCAAGUAAUUCCCACCUGUAAUGAACUAGAGCUGACUGGUUCGUCUCAUGAUAUGAUCUGUAUGGAAGACAGUAUAUACGACUUGGCUGUGUGGAUUUCCAUGUUGUCUUUUAAUAAAUCGUUUAAACAGUUGAAA